UUGACUGUGAAACAUCUUUAAAAAUGAAAAAACCAAAAUUUGGGUGGGAUAAUCGUAGCUUCAUGGUGUUUGUUGAUUCGUGUUUGAUUGAAAAAAAAAAGGUCGUAAAGCCACUUCCUCCUUUGAUAAAAUUGGGUGGGAAAAUAUACAAAGACGUAUUAAGGAGAAAACAGGUUAUAGCCUUGAAAAAAAACAACUAACAAAUAAAUGGGAGAACAUGAAAAAAGAGUGGAAGCUUUAUGACCGCUUAAUGAGACUUGAAACCGGACUCGGUGGGACGAGAAGCCUAAUAGAUGCGUCCUCCGAGUGGUGGGAGGAGAAAAUAAAGGAGAAUAAAGAUUAUGUCAAAUUUAGGAACACAGAUUUGAGCAUAUUUGAUGAGAAAUAUGCUUUUUUGUUUCGGGAUUCUGUUGCCGUUGGAGAUCAGACUAUGACUCCAUUACAAUUUCAAAACAAUAGCAAUCCAAACGAAGAAAAUAUGGAGGGCAAAGGAGAUAGUGAUGAAAUCAAUUUAGAUGAUGAUGAGCCUCUUUUUACUAGUCUCAAUGAAAGUAGUUCAAGUAAAAGGAAGAGGUCUAAGUCUGUUUCCAACAACCAUCCAACCAAGAGUAAAAAUUCUAUUUAUGAAGAAAAAGUUGAUGCUUUAUUGGAUGCCAUAUCAUCAAAAAGCACACAAACUUAUCCACAAAAUAAUCCGUCCCCAACAAUAGCAGAUUGCAUGGCCAUUGUCAUCAAGUUCCCCGAUUUUCGUGAAGGGUCCAACAAUUUUUCACAAGCCUUGUUUGUCUUCACCAAAAAGCAAAACCGUGAAGCUUUUAUGUUUCCAACGACCGACGAAGCCAAGAUGGAGUUUCUUAAGUUACUUAUGAAAUAAUGAUUUAGCCAUAUGUGUUAUGUUUUGACAUUUAUGUGUUAUCCGUUGACAUUAUGUGUUGUCCUUUGACAUUUUAUAUUAUGUGUUAUUGUUUGACUUUA